AUGCUCAACAUUGCCCAGUGCAAAGUUCUUCAGUCAGCCCAUACAGAAUUCAUCGACAGUUAUGUCCUCAGUGAAAGCAGCCUCUUUGUAUCGGAACGUCGUUUAAUCCUGAAGACAUGUGGUAGGACACGCUUGCUUGCAGCCUUGCCAACAAUCAUCCAGCUAGCUGCAGAUUAUGCAGGCUUUGACCAGGUGAUGUCGGUGUACUACUCACGGAAGAACUUCCUUCGACCCGAACUACAGCCCGAAGAACACCGUUCCUUUGACGCUGAGGUUGAUUACCUGGACAGCUUCUUUCACGAUGGACAUGCAUAUUGUAUGGGCUCACUGAAGCAGGAUCGUUGGUAUCUCUACACUUACCAUGUUCCUCAGCCGAUAACAAAACUUGCGGACCAUACACUGGAAAUAUUGAUGACUGACCUUGAUGAAGACGUUCUGCACAUCUUCACAAAGGACGCUUGCGAAAACGGAAAAGAUUGUACGGAGACAUUGCCACCAGGGCUUUAUUUCGCCAAGUCGUGCUGGCAUAGAUCAUAUAGUACCAAAUGGAACUCUCAUUCACGAAGGAACUUGUUCGACCCAUGCGGAUAUAGCAUGAACGCUUUUCUGCCAGGAUCGGACCACUAUGCCACCAUACACGUAACACCAGAGAAAGAGUUUUCAUUUGCAUCUUUUGAGACGAAUCAGAACCUUGUUUGCCUCUACAAGCAGACGAAGGAGGUGCUGAAGUGUUUCCGACCUGGGAAGCUUCUAAUGACAGUUUUCGCUAAUGACGGUUCGGCAAAAGGACGAGAGGCUCAGCAGCAAUUGUGGGAUCGCGAACUUCCUGGGUAUAAACGAACAAAUGUGCAGUUCGUUAGAUUGGAGGUAUGUAUGAGAGAUAUCGAAUUACACUCAGUUUAUGUUUUUUUUUUUUCAAAACAGCUGGUGUGCAGUGAUUCGAGUGCGUGA